AUGGAUUACUUGUACUUUGACCUUGCGCCCCAUCAGGGCGAGCGCGAGGACACGUCCGCCUAUGCCCGCGAGCCACAGCCGGCUCAGUCGAGGCAGGCGGCCUACACGUCUACACCACGAGUGAAGAAAGAACAGGAGGAGCGCGCAAUGAACGACCCGGCGUUUAUGAGCGACGCCGCUGCAGCAUUUCAAGCCCUCGCCGACCAACUAAAAGAGCUUAAACGCCCUAAGCCGCCAAAACAGGUAUACGAGCUCCCUUAUUUUAGCGGUGACACGAGCGAGUGGCAGAUAUUCUUCAAGGCGUACGAGGAAACAACAAAAAGGUACGAAUUCAGUGACUACGAAAAUAUGGCGCGUCUCCGUAAUGCAUUACGAGGGGAGGCACGCGCCUGUGUACAUCACCUGUUGGCUACGGCGUCAGAGCCUGACUUAAUUAUUAGAAUACUACAGAAAAACUUCGGGCGAAACGAUCUAAUUAUAGACAGAGCUUUAGAGGAAAUGCGGAGAUUGCCGAACGUCGGAACGAGCGCCCUUGAUUUAAAUAAUUUUGCUACAAAGGUUGCAAACAUUGUAAGUACCUUAAUACAUGUGGACAAGAAGAACUACGGAGAUAACCCGCUCCUUAUUAGAGAGGUAACUGAAAGGCUAAGCCCACAUCUGAGGUCAAAAUGGUGCUCGUACGCCGCUCAAAACAUGAGUAAAGGCAAAACUGAGCUAACACUCUUAUCAAAGUUUCUAAUCGAGGAAAGCGACAUAGAGCUGCAGUUUAGCCACGUGAAGUCGAGUUCUAGGAGGCCUACUGUGCAGCGCGAGCAGCCGUCGCGACAAUACGCGCCGCCACGAGAGACUCAGGCGCCGCGACACGAUUACAAGUACAGUAGAAAUUAUAAUAAUAAGGUUCAAACUCAAUCACUGAUGCACAAGCCCCCCGAGAAAAGCUAUAACAUAACAGAGGUGAAAUCAGUAGAGGUUUGUUUGUGCUGCGGCGGAGUACACAGAAUUAGUGUUUGCAAGAAAAUGCUAGGUAUGUCCAUAGGAGAACGUCUAGAGUGGGCACAGGGAAAUCAGGUAUGUUUCAAAUGCCUAGAAAGGAGACACAGCCGUGAUCAAUGCCAGGCGAAGGGCUGCGGCGUGACCGGCUGUCGCUAUGUCCAUCAUAAGCUGCUUCAUAGUAAUGAAACAAAGUCUAAAACGGCGGGAUUUCAAGCACCGCCCCCGCCUCGCUCUCCUUGUCCCCCUCGCAUAGAGCCGAGCACAGAGGCGUGUGGUACGACUGAUAGCGAGCAGACAACGACAACAACAGUACUUAACACUACACCGGAUCAGGAGCAAAGUACAGCGGUUCUACUAAAGGUAAUUCCGAUAAUCGUCGAGGGCCCGCUGAAGACGAUCAAUACAUACGCCCUUUUAGACGAUGGAAGCUCGAUUUCACUGGCAGAACAAUCAUUAAUGGAGGAAGCCGGCAUCACAGGUCCACAGAUUCCCCUAAAUGUGAAUAGCGUUUUAGAUAUGAAGUCUGGGAAUCAAUUUAGUCGCCGGGUUAAAGCGAAGGUCAGAGGUCGUAACCUGCCAGCCUACGAGGUCACGUUUAAAACAGUAGAGUAUCUAGGACUACGCAAGCAAACAAUACGCGAUGACGUUAUGAACUGCAAGCAUAUCGUUGAUUUUAAAAAGGACGCCUGCUAUGAUGGCACAGUGAGGCCUAGACUAUUAAUAGGGUCUGAUCAUUGGUAUUUAACUAUUCCAGAGGAGGUGCGAGUAGGUGACGACACCGAGCCUGCUUUAGUACGCUGUCGUCUAGGAUGGGUGGUCUACGGAACUACACCUGCCCACUUCAUGCGACUACUUGCCGAAGAAGAAGAAUACUCAGCACUGCACUGCCAUACGGAGGAGGAGGUCGAGCUGCACGACUUAGUAAAGUCGCAUUUCGAGAUGGAUUCAUUAGGUAUAAAAAAUUUAAAUAAAAGUAACCCGGCAGAGCAACGUGCGAUUGAGAUCUUCAACCAGACAUGUAAGAAAAUUGAAUCAAAUAGGUACGAGGUCGGUCAGCUGUGGCGUAAGGACGACACAACGAUGCCGCCAAGCUACACCAACGCAGUAAGGAGGCUUCAUUCAACUGAGAGAAAAAUGAAACGAGACGAGAUGUAUGCGGAGGCAUAUAAAGCUCAAAUAAAAAAUCUGGUAGAUAAAGGUUAUGCUGAGAAGGUUAACGAACGCCCGGACACUGUUGAGGAAAUAACUACUAAUCAUUACAUGGAUGAUUUCGUAGCAAGCUUUGAAAAUGAAUCUGCUUUGGUUUCCAGCUCCCUGCAAGUAGCCGAGUGCCACGAGCGCGGCGGGUUCCAGCUUCGCGGGUGGUGCUCGAACAGCGAACUACUCCGCAAGCAGAUACCAGCGGAGCUGCAAGCAGAAACACCCGCGAAGCUGGGUAACAAGGAAAGUAAAAUAUUAGGUUUAUUAUGGAACCCGCAAACUGACGAACUCGGCUUUAAUACGAAACUGUUAAGAGUACCUCAGGAGGUCAAGGAUCUACUUAGAGCCCCGACUAAGAGAGAAAUGCUGUCAGCUGUCAUGUCCAUAUAUGACCCAUUAGGCUUAUUAGCGCAUUAUACUAUAUCACCGAAAUGUGUAUUACAGAAAAUAUGGAGUAAGAAAAUCGAAUGGGACCAGCCGCUGCCACCGGAGGAUGUAGAAGCCUUCAACGCCUGGCUGGAGGCGAUGGACAGCGUCACGGCCUUAAGAAUACCCCGGUGCUACUUCGCAAUGGACACGAAGUCUACGAAACAGCUGCAUAUUUUCAUGGACGCAAGUACUCAGGCCUACGCGUGCGUCGCGUACUGGAGAUAUAAGGUAGAUUCAGAUUAUGUAAUUACUCUAAUCGGCGGACGGAGUAAGGUCUCCCCGACGAAGCAGCUGAGCGUCCCGAGGCUCGAAUUACAGGCUCUUAUAGGCUCAAGAUUAAAGGAGACUAUACUCAAACAUCAUCGUUUCGACGUUGAAAAGGUCUGUAUGUGGACUGACAGCUCAACGGUUCUACAUUGGGUGCGAAACGGCGCUAAACGCUACUCGAUGUAUGUGGCAAAUAGGCUAGGCGAGAUAGCAGAGCUCACUAGAACCCACCAGUGGAGAUGGGUACCGACCAAGGUUAACCCGGCAGACGUGGCUAGUCGACCGGACAUGAAGCGUCAGUUACACCAUCUGAAGAAAGCAGAGCACCUGCUGUUCCAGUACUCACAGAAGCAAGCCUUCCCCGACGAACUACUAAGGCUGUCACGAGGGGAGCCCAUACCGCCGAGCAGCCGACUCUACGGCCUGGACCCGGUGCUAGAGGAGGAUGGACUGAUCAGGAUGCGUGGACGAAUCAACGCCGCACCGGUCCAGGGGCUGAACAAGAGGCCUAUCAUACUGGAUGGAAGGCUAAACCCGAGGUCCCUGCGAUGGGUGAUCUACCAGCAGCACGAAUUACACCAUAUCAAAGGCCAUUCACCCACUCAGCGGUAG